CACUAUAAAGCUGCACCUCCCGGGAUAGGCGGCUAUUAUCUAUACUUUACGUCUUUGUCUCAUCGGAUCCAUUCUCUCUCUCUCAAGGGUGAGCAAUGGAUAAGUAGCAGAGGAAGGCCAUGGAAGUGUUGCAGAAGCUUAAUUGCUCUUCUCGACGUAAAUUUUAAAAAUUUCCGCUAAGUUUCAUGAUCUUUAUUGUUGAAUUCAGCGAAUUUUGGUUUCUUUAAUCGUUAAAAUUUUAGAUUUCGAAAGAGAUGAGGUGGUGAGUUUGAUUGUUUCUGUUGAUUUGGGGGGUUUUUGUUUCGGGCGAGAAGUUGGAUUUGUUGCAUAUUAGGGUACCUCAAUAGAUUGCAGAAUUUAUGGGGACUAAAAGUUCAAAGGGGACGAGUUGGAGACAGGCCUCCUCGUCUGGGUCUAGUUCUUCUUGGAAUUAUCAUGGCUAUCCACAAUCGCCGUAUGUUCAACAGACCCCAACCUAUGCGUCGCCGUAUUAUGCACCACAGGAGCAGUAUGCACCUCAGCAGCAGUUUGCGCCUCCACCUUCAACGUAUGGUACCGGGGACCCAGAUCGAAAAAAGAAGUUUGAAAGGAGGUAUUCAAGGAUAGCUGAUAACUAUAAUUCUCUGGAACAGGUCACUGAGGCUCUUGCUCAUGCUGGCCUCGAGUCUUCUAAUCUCAUUGUUGGUAUUGACUUCACUAAGAGCAAUGAGUGGACAGGUGCAAGGUCAUUCAAUCGACGAAGCUUACAUCAUAUCGGUGACACUCAAAAUCCCUAUGAGCAAGCAAUAUCUAUUAUUGGAAGAACAUUAAUUGCCUUUGAUGAGGAUAAUUUGAUACCCUGUUUUGGGUUUGGAGAUGCAUCAACACAUGAUCAAGAUGUUUUUAGUUUCUAUCCUGAUGAGAGACCCUGUGAUGGAUUUGAGGAAGCAUUGGCUCGAUACAGAGAAAUAGUCCCCCAUCUGCGAUUGGCUGGACCGACAUCAUUUGCUCCUAUUAUUGAAAUGGCCAUGACUAUCGUCGAGCAAAGCAGUGGCCAGUACCAUGUUUUAUUGAUAAUAGCUGAUGGGCAGGUAACAAGAAGUGUUGAUACGGAGCAUGGCCAGUUAAGUCCACAGGAGAAAAAGACUGUGGAAGCAAUUGUGAAAGCAAGUGAGUACCCGCUGUCAAUUAUUUUAGUUGGAGUUGGCGAUGGACCUUGGGACAUGAUGAGGGAAUUCGAUGACAAUAUCCCUACUCGGGCCUUUGAUAAUUUCCAGUUUGUGAAUUUUACAGACAUUAUGUUGAAGAAUGUGCCAGUUACCAGGAAAGAGACAGAAUUUGCUCUCGCAGCCUUGAUGGAAAUACCUUCUCAGUAUAAGGCAACAAUGGAGCUCAAUAUUCUGGGUCGCAGAAGAGGGGAAUCUCCAGGCAGGGUUCCUCUCCCCCCUCCUGUUUAUGGUGCAGCUUCAUUUAACAGCUCAAAGCCUUCUCAUUCAAGUAGUUUCCAGCAAAGAGAACCUACUUAUCAUGGAAAUGACACGACUUUUGGUGACACGACUUUUGGUACUGCUCCACCUGAAAGUGCUGCUUUUGAUGACCAGCUUUGCCCUAUCUGCCUUAACAAUCCUAAAGACAUGGCUUUUGGUUGUGGGCAUCAGACCUGCUGUGCCUGUGGAGAAGACCUUCAGUUUUGCCCCAUCUGCCGGAGUUCGAUACAAACUAGAAUAAAGCUCUAUUGAGAGACCUCACCGACAGUUCCUCGUCCAUUGUUGAUUUGUAAAUCUCUGCAAUUGGUUCCAGAUUUUUUUUUGCUUUUUGUUUUGCAUAUUCUUUAUACUCGGGAUGAUGGCCUAAGGUGUUUAUUGAAUUUUAGGAUAGCAUGAGUGAUGUCCAUGGUUUGUGGGGAUGGGGAUGGUCUGCAGGAAUCUGAUCAUUCCCACUUGUACAUUUCUCUGGUUGGUUUGGAAAUCCUUUUGUUUGGUUCCUCUAGGUAGAGAUGAUUAUGUAGUUAUCAAUCUCAUUUAUGUGAGCAGCAGGAAUUUGAAAUA